AUGCAAGAGAACAACACUGACCAGCCACCACCACUGUCUCAGUUCUUAAAAGAGAGCUACCUGGCAGAGACCAAAGCCCAGCAGCGCCACAGCAAGAUGAGUCGCUCAGAUGCUUCUUCCACACAUCUCCAGAUCUAUGGGCCACUCAAAAACAAGGCUGAGGACUUUGUGGGCCACAGUGACCCCCAGUUCCCAGAUCUCUCAGCCUUCCUGAGCCAAGAGGAGCUGGAUAAGAGUGUGAACCUGGCCUGCCAGGCCAUCAGACAUGAGUCCCAUGAGGAGAGGGGUGAGGCCAAGACCCCUGUAACUCUAUUAACCCCCUCUAAUGUGUCCUCGGUCUUAGUCUCUUCCUCUACACCCUCUCCUGUUCCCUUCACUAAACCCUCUCCUGCUCCUUUUGAGGCCCCCUUCACUGUGCCCUUCACCCAGCCAGCCCCCGAGUCCCAAGAACUGCCAGCAACACAUGCAACAUUCACAUUAGACAGAAAGAUGCACAAAGCCUCCACACGGCAGGACAACAUGAUCAGGAACAGCAGAGAUUCCAAUAAAGGAGUCAGCGACUUCAACAGGUCAGCAAGGAAUACCCCUUACAGUGCGGAGACCCAGUCUAAGAAGGAGUUCCUCAACAAGGCAGCGGACUUCAUUGAGGAGCUCUCCUCUCUCUUCAAGGCCAACAGCUCCAAGCGGAUACGACCGAGAGCAUGCAAAGCUCACAGGAGUAGGGUCCAGGACAAGAGCCAUAACGAUGGGGCAGUUUAUCCCCUCAGUUCAGACAACAGGGAGCUGGAGAAGGAGAGACCCAGUCCUGCUGAUAGCCAUCAACCAGAGGUCCAGGUGGACUCUGGGAUCAGGCAUGAGGAGUUUCAGGACUGCAGGGAUACUGAGGAGCAGCAUUACGGCUCUGUAUCCCAGGAGGUAGAGGAGAAGGCUGAAGGCUGUGACUUGAGAGAAACGUCAUACCCAGUGGAGUCUGUGUGUGAGCCUCCAUGUUUCAUCCAGAAACUGAAAAGCAGGGAGGUUCCAGAGGGCAGCAAGGUCAGGUUAGACUGCAUUGUGAGUGGACUCCCCGUGCCUGAAGUCCGGUGGUUUUGUGAGGGUAAGGAGUUGGAGAACAGUCCUGAUAUUCAGAUCAUCACCAACGGUGAACUUCAUUCUCUGGUCAUUGCUGAGGCAUUUGAGGAAGACACUGGACGUUACUCCUGUUUCGCCUCUAAUUUCUAUGGCACAGACUCGACAUCAGCUGAGAUCUAUGUCGAAGGUGCCUCCUCUUCAGAUUCUGAGGGAGAACAGCACUUUGAACAUGUAGCCCAGCUGCAGAGAAAAUCCCAAAAGUCAGUUCCACACCAUCAUUCGCCAUCAUCGAGCCAAACUCUCUUUGCAGAAGAGGAAGACUCUCAGUAUUCCCACCCUGCAGCAGCUGCUGAGGAACCAGCAGAGGAGCUGUCCUUACCAUCAACAGUUCAGCCACUUCCACCACUCCAGACAUCCACUACAGUAUUUUCCAUCCCAGAGCUCACUAAAGUAUCUGUGGCUUCCACCGCACAGCCCAUGCAGGAGAUGACAUCAGUGUUACAUGAGCAGGUGUUUCCCACUUUGUCACAAGGCAAUACAGAAGUGUUAACGUCCGUCACUGUUGUCUCCACACCGCAGCUGGUGCAGACAGCAACAGCACCAGCUACAUCACUGUCUGUGAACACUGCGGUUUCAUCUGUGCUUCCUGUCCAGGCAGCUCCAACGCAGACACCCCAACCUGAGAGUGAAACCUCCAACUAUCUGCAAGGGUUAAACGGGCAACCUGUCAUUGCUACCCCUGUAUUCACAAAGAACCUACAGGACCUCCUUGCAUCAGAAGGCCAGCUGGUGGUGCUAGAGUGCCGUGUGAAAGGGUUGCCAUCACCUCGAGUGGACUGGUACAGAGAGGGAAAAAUCAUAGAGGACUCUCCUGAUUUCAGGAUCCUGCAGAAAAAGCCCAGAUCUCCAGGUGAAUCAGAAGAAAUCUGCACUUUGGUCAUUGCUGAGGUCAUUUUGGAAGAUUCAGGGACAUUUACUUGUACAGCAAGCAACAAGUAUGGAACCGUGUCCAGCUCUGCUGCACUAAGGGUCAAAGGCAGUUGCAGGAAAGGCAACCAUGCAAGGCCUUUCAGCAGUUUAACAGUUGAGCCAAGUCAAAUCCAAGAGCCUUCCCCAUCAGCUCUUACUGUAAACGUUCAACCAGAGGUUACUGUGACCAACAGCAUUAAGCCCCAUGCCAGCACCAUUCACCUAAACCCACUUGUCUCUAGCACUUUACACCUGGACCCCUUAAACACCAGCACCCUCCGUCUGGACCCUCACAGCUCCAGCAUGUUGUGCCCAGACCCCCUUCACACCAGCCUGGCUAAUCUGGAGCCCUCCAGCCUGACCAGCAGCAGCAGCUCCUGCCUGAACUCUUGUAGCACCAGCACCUCAAAUGUAGACCCUUCUGGAUCCACUAGAGCAUGUCCAGAACCACAGAGUGGUGGACAGUUGUUCCCAUACAUAAAACCCUGCACUGCUCCAUCUGCACUUGAGACUACAGUGGAACAAGAACAGUCCAGACCUUCAGUGACAUCGCCUGACAUGAGCCCCAUAGUUAAGGGGAUCCCAAACCAUCAGAAUGAGGGCUCCAUUGUGAUGCCCCUUCCCAAUCCUCCUCCUAAUUCUUGCCUAAAGACAGGCACCCUGACAAACCACAAAGAGUCACGCUCCAGCUCCAGAGUUGGUCUGCGUGUGCACUUCAAACUGCCUGAGGAUGAGGGGCAUGAACAAAGUGACACAUCCAGUCAGUCUGAUGAAGACAUCACUCAGGCAUCAGUCGACAAAAAACCACCACCAGUGCUGACUAAACCCAAACUGGAUCCAACCCAGCUCCAGCUUCUGCACGACCAGGUCCUCAUGGAGCAGCAGCAGGACAGUGAACCUCAGAACCAAACACAUAUCCAGGCUCAGUCUCAGCCUCCCUUCCAGAUACAGAUUCAACCUGGGAUCCAAAGCUCCAAUAAAGGUCCGCUGUGGUCACCCAGAAUGCAUUGUGAACCCCGUCCACCAGCUUUCCAGACCUACCUUAAUGCCACAACAACCCUGCAGCAGACACCCCAACCUAUGUCUCCACUGACCAGUGCUGCCCCUGCUUCCUCUCUGAGCUCUGCGCCAACACGCAACACCACCUUUUCACCUCAUCGCUCCACUUCUACUGCUCCUUCUUUCAGCUCCCCACCUUCUAUUCCUCAGCUAAAGACUUCCUCACUGCUGACCUCCCCUGUACCUAGCCCAAAGUUGAACACAGCUCCUUCUCUCAAUAUAGCACCUGUAACUCCGAUGAAAACCAUUCAUGCCUCCCACUUCAGCCUGACCCCUGCAGCACUUACUAAAACUGCACCCACACCCCAAUUUUGCUCUCCUCCUUCUGCACCAAAGGUUAAUAUGGUUCCUACAGAUUCAAUCCCAGUCUUACAGCAGAUCACAUCUCCCACUCCUUUGCUGAGAAGCACCUAUGCCUCACUCAUGAACCUCACUGCCACCUCCAACACCUUCAACUACACCCGGCCUAAAGAGUUCAUAGCUGCUCAGACCUUCUCACCAGUCAGGAGUCCUUCUCCAACUGCAUCCCCGGUCCCUCUGCUCCACGAGUUGGUCGCUGAACUCAACUCCUCUGCAGCCAGCUCCCCUACCCUCCCACCAUUUUCUCCUCCACCCAGGAGCUUCCCCACACGGGUGCUCAAGUCUCCUACCAGCCCUCCGCCCCUCGUGUCCUCCCCUACACCGGGCUCGGCAUCUUUCCUGAACAGCGUGUUCUCCCUACGAGCACAGUCGCCUCCCCAGGCCUCUUCUCCCACCUCCAGCAGCUCCACCCCCAGCCCCAUUCAAAACCCUGUGGCAUUCCUCAGCUCCCUCCUGCCAUCCCUGCCCCCAAGUCAGCCUACCAACUCAAUGGGUCUGCCCAAGAGAGCUCCAUUAGGGCCACAAAAAAAAGUGUCCAGGGUGCUCCCUCCUUCAGCUGAAGACAUUUGUGAGCAAAAAGAAAUUCUCCUUCAUGACAUUGAGAAAAAGCUUCGAUUUAAAGACGAUACUCCAUAUUUUGCACAUCAACAGGAGUACAAAGUUUCCAAUUUUGAGCAAAGACUAAUGAGUGAGAUUGAGUUUCGUUUGGAGCGAACACCAGUGGAGGAGUCAGAUGAUGAGGUACAGCACGAUGACAUCCCGACAGGAAAAUGCAUCGCACCACUGUUUGAUAAGAAACUAAAGAGCUUUAAGGUCUUGGAAGGUUUGCCUGUCACAUUCUCAUGUAAAGUAGUGGGAAUCCCUCCACCAAAGGUUUACUGGUUCAAGGAUGGCAAACAAAUAUUGAAGAACAAUGUCCAUUACAAGAAGAUAAGAGAGGGGGAUGGGACCUGUGCUUUACACAUAGAGUAUGCAACCAGUGAUGAUGAUGGCAAUUACACCAUCAUGGCAGCUAAUCCACAGGGACGAAUCAGCUGCUCGGGUCAUUUGAUAGUCCAAAUGGGACCUUUCAGAAAUCGACUGAUACCUAUUCACUCUCAAAGGGUGCGAGCCCGUAUACAGGAAGUAGAAGGUGAUCAAACACAAGAGCACUUUUUUCGGCCUCACUUCCUCCAAGCCCCUGGUGACAUACUGGCUCAUGAGGGAAAGCUGUGCAGAUUAGACUGUAAGGUGAGUGGACUCCCCAACCCAGAGCUGAUGUGGUUGGUCAACGGAAGACCAGUCUAUCUAGACCUUUACCACAAGAUGCUGGUGCGAGAGAAUGGCAUCCAUUCUUUAGUCAUUGACCCUGUGAUGCAUAAGGACGGUGGCACAUACACCUGCAUUGCGAGCAACAAAGCAGGACAGAGCUCCUUUAGUCUAGAACUGAAAGUUGUGGAGAAAGCGAUGAAGCAUCCUCCCCACUUCGUGGAGAAGCUGCAGAACAUGGGGAUUCCUGAAGGAACUCCAGUUAGACUGGAAUGUCGGGUGGUGGGCAUGCCUCCUCCAGUCAUCUUCUGGAAGAAAGACAAUGAGACCAUUCCUAGAACGAAGGACAGAUUCAUCAUGACCCACGAUCCCACAGGAUAUGUGUGUCUCCUUAUCCAGCCAACAAGAAAAGAUGAUGCUGGCUGGUACAUGGUUUCAGCAAAAAAUGAGGCUGGAAUUGCAUCCUGCACCUGCAGGCUUGAUAUCUAUGCACAGUGGCAUCAGAGCAUCCCUGCACCCAUGAAGACAACUCCACGCACAGGCAGCCGCUAUGCAGCUCUGACAGGUCAGGGGCUUGACAUCAUGUCAGCUUUCCCCACUUCAGAGACCAGCCCCAUUCUGUUCUCCAGCUCCCCUCCUGAAGCCCUGCUGGAGAGUGAGGAGCUGUGAGCUGUCUGCAGACUCCCCCGGAGGCCUCCCAGCCUGCGACUCCCUGACGCCAAAAGAGAAGAAGGCGAAACAUUGAAUGAUUAUCAGAGCAGACUGUCAUGUGAUUUAUGUGGUGCAUUUGAAGUGAUAUAUUAAAAAUCAAAUCAGGGGCGAUUCUAGAAAAUUUUGGACAAGGUGGCCAGGCUGGGGCUCAGACUCAGACAGGGGUGGUACAUUUGAAACAUGUAAAAAAGUAAAUUAAACCUCUAGUUUUAUGAAUUCAUAAACCAUGCAUCACUACAAAUCAAUUUAUUUUGUGUAAAAAUCACACACACACAUCUUUAGCUACCUUUGGCUGUGCUCCUUAUUUACUCCCGGCUGGGGACAUCGCUGCUGCACAGUGGCUCAUCACUCUUGAAACGAAUCAUGCCAGGUACUCCACAACAACACAAUCAGAGAAAUUAAUGCAAAUAUCAUGCUGCAUACAUAAUCCAAAAUAUAACUAAUUUGACCAGUAUCAGUGAUAAAGCACCAGAAAAAUG